CCCAUGCUGCUCGCUCUCUCUCUCUCUCUCUCUCUCUCUCUCUGCAGUGCGCUUUAGCUAUUUUAGUAGAAAGCAUAUGGACAAAACGAAACGCACAGAUCAGUGAUUUGAGCACAAAUUUCUUUUGAAGAAUGGAGAGCGAGAGAAGCAGCGCUUUCUUCAUUGUGUUGAAGGGAGUUGUUGAGAAAGGGAGCGUAUUUAAACCAGUAUUCACUUCACCUAUCCACAUGUAACGUGGCAACCGGAGAUGGCAAAGCUUUUCAACAAGUGAAGCUUGUUUUUCUGUUCCUUGAAUAAUCACGACAUGGAUGCGGUGAACGUGGACAGCCCCGUGGAUCGCUUUAACGACAGUGUGGAGGAGCAGUACCGGACGCUGGCGUAUGACACAGCGCUCAGUACUUUACUCGCAGUGCUGGUCUACGUGCUGGUGAAGGUGAGCCUGGACUGCAUCCGCCAAUGGCGCGCUCGGAUCUCGGUUCUGAUCGUGGGCUCGGGUCCAAUCGGGCUGACCGCGGCGCUGGUCGCUGUCCGCUCCGGGAAAGUGCUGAAGUUGACGGUGCUGGACGAGCGCUACCGGAGCGCGCUGCUCUGCAGACCCCAACAGAUCGCGCUGGACCCCCGCAGUGUCCGCUUCCUCUUGGACCUGGGGGUGGAUUUCGACAACAUGGAAGGGUGCUGGCACAACGAGCACUUCUUCACCAAAAUCGGAGUGUUUCAAGAAUAUUUGCUGAGCAUGCUGGAGCAGAAGAAGCAAAAGGUUGACGUGAAAGUUCAUUUGGGUACAAAGUUUAGUGAAGAAUACCUGAGGAAGAUCCCGAGGGGGGAGUUGCCGCGUGUCAUUGUAGUGGCUGAUGGCUCAUGUGGUGAUUCAUGCUCUGUACUGGGCAUCAGCGAUGAUUACAUCGUAGAAUCUUGUCGUGUUUAUGGGGCCAAUGCUUCUAUAGAAAGACUAGACCAAAGACAGGUUCCCACACCAGAGAUCCGAGCUCACAGUUUAUACUUUGAUCUAUCAGCAUACGGGAUUGACACUGUGAAAUACCCACACAGCUCCUCCCAGCCUGCAGCAAAGCCAGGAUUCCACCUGAAGAUAUACGGAACAUUUCGGAACCGCUACAUGGCUCUGGCCUGCACUUCAGAUGCAGAUUCCAAAAUGAUGCAUUUCCUGCACCACACAGCCAACUCUUCUAUCAUGAAGAACAUCUUCCACCAGUCCUUCAACGCAUACAAGAUGGACAUUGAGCCCCGUCUGAGUGAUCUCACCAUACACCACAUGCAGUGCAGUCGCAAGUUGUUUGAGAUUAUGCUGUCAUACAGACGGGUUAGUGCUGCUUACAUUGAAGGAGAUAAUAUCGCAGUCACUGUGGAAGGAGAAGCUGCAAGAGUGCUCAACUUUGACACGGGUUGUGGUGUGAACUUUGGAAUGAGAGGACUGGAGUCGCUCGGAUUGUUCAUCUACAGAACCGCCACAGCACUGGACCAAAAUGACGUGUUUGAGGCGCUCUCAGCCAAAAUCCAGCAUUCCAGACACGUGGCAGAGACCAUCAGGCAAACUGGACUGGCCUCUGCAAUGUUUGAAUGACACUUUCAGAUUUGUGUUUGUUUAAAAGAGAAAGAGACAGUUUGUGAGUGUGUAUACUUGAGGUACGUCAUAAAGAACUUGCAAAACAAAAUACUUACAAAUUGUAAUCUGAACUUUUAUUUAUAAUAAUAAUAAUAAUAAUAAUAAUUCUUUACAUUUAUAUAGCGCUUUUCUAGGCACUCAAAGCACUUUACAUAGUAUAAGGGGAAUCUCUUCAACCACCACCAGUGUGCAGCAUCCACCUGGAUAAGACAGCAGCCAUAGUGCACCAGAACACCCACCACACACCAACUAUUGGUGGAGAGUAGAGUGAUACAGCCAAUUAAUGGAUGGGGAUUAUUAGGAGGCCAUGAUUGAGAAGGGCCAAUGGGGGGAAUUUGGCCAGAACACCAGGGUUACACCCCUACUCUUUACAAGCAGUGCCCUGGGAUUUUUAAUGACCACAGAGAGUCAGGACCUCAGUUUAAUAUCUCAUCCAAAAGAUGGUGCCUUUUUACAGUAUAGUGUCCCUGUCACUAGGAUAGUGUACAGUAUAGUGUCCCUGUCACUAGGAUAGUGUACAGUAUAGUGUCCCUGUCAUUAGGACCCACACAGACCACAGGGUGAGCAUCUCCUGCUGGCCUCCCUAAUACUUCUUCCAGCAGCAACCUUAGUUUUCCGUAAGAGGUCUCCCAUCCAUGUUUUUGAAUGUUGUUGAGCAAGUGUGCAACUACUUUUCUAAACCAAUGAAUUUGUAUUCAAUCUGUGAAGCAACCAAGUUUAUUAGUGUAUUGUGAUGGUAAAAUUAGUUCAUUUAACUUUUGUGUGUGUUUUUACAUUGAACAAACCUUUUGAGUUCAGCCAAACACAAUUAAUGCUUUUAUUCUCCCAAAAUCAAUCUCAUAAAAUAUAUGCAUUGGGCUACUUUACAGUUGAUAAAUACAAACUUCAACACCAUUAUCAUAUAGGAAACUGACAUUUAGGCAUAGCUUAUACUUAAACACCAUUAUGCAAAUGAAGCACAUAACUUGAAUUUUUUAAUUUUAUUUUUAGCAAAUUGCACCAAGUGCCAACUUAACUCAGUAUGUUAAAGGUAUGGCCAUGUUUGAGGGAUUUUGUACUCUUUGGUGUCAUAAAGUACUGUGUUUCCAGGGUUGGGAGGGUUACUUUUUAAAUGUAUUCCACUACAGAUUACAGAAUACAUGCUGUAAAAUGUAAUUUGUAACGUAUUCCGUUAGAUUACUCAAGGUCAGUAACGUAUUCUGAAUACUUUGGAUUACUUCUUUAGCACUGGUAGAUUUUUUCACUUGUUUUGACUAUAAAAACUCCGCCAGUACAGUAAGACAAAAUACACGUCAAAAAUACAUUCUCUGAAAAACCUAAAUAUCUUAUGCAGUGUUGUUUCUAAAACAAGAUCAAUCAAACUGAUUAUUAUCAAGAAUACGAUUUUUGCCCUAAUAUCAAAGGUCUUACUAGAAAAAAGAAAUUAUGAUCCAACGUGAAUUUUCUUGAUAAAAAAAUUUGAUCGUGCCUGAUAACAUGUGCAUGUAAAAUGGCUAGAAAUAGCAUUUUAGCUUAGCGUAAAGAUGACAAUUUACACAAGGUUUAUUUCUAUUUCUUCUGCUCCAAACUUACUUCAAACUUACUUCUCUGUCUGCUCGUAUGAAUGUAACACAUCACAAGAAAGUGUUUCACCACUGUUCAAAUGCAUUUUGGAUCGCAUCAUUUAUAUGUAUAAAUGUUUUCCAUCUGAAAGGACUAAAUAUUAAAUGAAACAAAUGACAAUAAAAUGCAAAGUAAUCUCUUCAGUAAUCAAAAUACUUUUUGAAUGUAACUGUAUUCUAAUUACCCAUGAUUUAAAUUGUAACUGUAGUGGAAUACAGUUACUUAUAUUUUAUAUUUUAAAUACGUAAUCCCAUUACAUGUAUUUUGUUACUCCCCAACCCUGUGUGUUUCUCAUAGAUAUUUAGUGGCUGUGAGUAUGGAGACAUCUGUUCAUGCUCACAUAAACAAGUUAUCACUAUAACAAGGAAUGUCAGAAAUACAAAUUGCUGCACAAUUAAAUUGAUAUACUAACAAAGUAAUCUGCAUAUUUGCUGAAUCUUAUUUAAGAUUUUGAAUGGUGGGAUUUUCAGCAUGCUGAACGUGAAUAGCAAUUAAUGCAAUACCACAAGCAGACAUAGACACUUAAUGAAUUAAAAAUUAAUGAAUCAACAAUGAAACUACAAAAGUGCCUGUCAGAAAUGAGGCUACCAGCACUAUGUAUUAGCUUAUCUUCCCUACGAGGUUACAUAAUAAAAGAAUGAAAAUGUAUAUGUAUUGUAUGGCAGUUGUUAAUAAAAUAAAGUGUUUGGCUUAUGUGCAUUUUUUAAAUAAAGAUGACAUCUUCAAAUAAGAUGUUUUUAAUAACCCUGCUGGGGAAGUUUUGGCACUUUUUAGCCGGUCAGGCUAAGAGACUAGUUUAAACCUGACCUGCAAACCAAAUUAGGCUGGGUAUUAAAAAUGUAUGAUAGAAAAUACUCAAAUUUGAAAAGUAUGCAAAUGAUAAAAAAUGAUUAAACUCUGCACACGCAUGUUUGCUCAUGAUGGCUGUAAGUAAGCGCUUUAAGAUUGAACGCUUCACUACAGCAGUUCAUUAGCUCUUAUCAAAAGUCUGGUGAUGAUGACCUCUGGUGGAGAUUUGAGUAACAGAGGUGAAUACUCUCUAGGGCACUAUAUAUUGGCAAAAAUGUACAUGGGUAUACAAUGUCCAUUACGUUUCUUUUUAUUUUUUUUUAUUUUUUAUAUAAAUCUAAAAAUUUAUAUAAUGUAUAUUAAAUCCCUAUGUACAUGAAUGUAUAGGGAAAGUGUAUAUUUUAGGUCGUGUAACUUGUCACCAUUUAGUUUCUCCCCAUUUUCUAUCACCUUUUUGUUUACACUCAUUUCCUUAAUGGCAUAUC